AUGGCCGAAUAGAGGAAGACCUUCCGGCCGGUGGGAGGGGGGGGAGAGAGAGGGCUAAAGGCGGGGGUGUCCUGUCCUGUUGCUGAGGCCGCCAGUGAAAGAAAGGAAAAGGGGGCUCUUGUUGAAGGGGACGGGGCGGCCCGGCCUGGAGGACCUUCGGCCCGGCUUCGAGCGGGAAUCGGCGCGCUGAGGGGCGCCAGGCGCCAUGUCCAUGGAGGACCCCUUCUUUGUGGUGAAAGGGGAAGUUCAGAAGGCAGUGAACACUGCCCAGGGGCUGUUCCAGAGAUGGACAGAGCUUCUGCAAGAUCCUUCUACAGCUACGAGAGAAGAAAUUGACUGGACCACGAAUGAGCUAAGGAACAACUUAAGGAGCAUUGAGUGGGAUCUUGAAGACUUAGAUGAAACUAUUAGCAUUGUUGAAGCAAAUCCUCGAAAAUUCAACCUUGAUGCAACAGAACUGGGUGUAAGAAAAGCCUUCAUCACGAGUACACGGCAGGUGGUCAGGGAUAUGAAGGAUCAGAUGUCAAAUACUUCUGUUCAAGCACUGACUGAAAGGAAGAAUAGGCAGGUACUUCUGGGAGAAAGUGGAAGUCAAAGCUGGAGUUCUGGAACUGAUAAGUAUGGCCGUUUGGAUCGAGAAAUGCAGUCUGUGAACUCACACUUCAUUGAGGAGCAGCAGGCACAACAGCAGUUAAUCAUUGAGCAGCAGGAUGAACAGUUGGAACUGGUCUCUGGUAGCAUUGGGGUGUUAAAGAACAUGUCCCAGCGCAUUGGAGGGGAGCUGGAUGAACAGGCAGUUAUGUUAGAUGACUUCGCUCAUGAGAUGGAUAACACCCAGUCGCGGCUAGAUAAUGUGAUGAAGAAGCUUGCAAAAGUAUCUCAUAUGACCAGUGAUCGCCGGCAGUGGUGUGCAAUAAUUGUUCUUUUUGUUAUCCUCCUGGUGGUGCUUAUCCUGUUUUUUGUGCUGUGACGGAAUGGAGCUCAGAUACUUCUCCUAGCUCCCUUCUUGAUGGAAUCUCAGACACUGUUUCUAUUCACCGCAGAGGAUUCCUGCCACAGAAAGCCUGUUAUGAGAGCUUUGAUACGGUGGAUACUGCUCUUCUGUGGAUGGCCACCAGUGCCGUGACUCUGUAUCUAUCAUGGAUCUUCUGUUCAUAAUCCUCAUCAUGUUUUCAGAGGGGGAAAAAUGGAAGGCUAACAAGUGUCCAAGCUCUACUGUCAAGCAGUUCCUGUGGGUUUGGGACAUCUAUGAUUUUUUGUGUGUGCUCCUCUACAAGGCAGGUGGUUUAGAAUGAAAGAGACUAUUGUCUGGUCAUGUUUCCGUCCAACAAUAGGUAUGGAUGCUUUUCAGAAAGCACUUCAGAUGCCUUUCUUCUGUUUCUCAAGACAAGAUUCUUGGCAGUUAAAGGUCGGAAAACAUCAGGGUGCAUGCAUGUAGAAACAGAUCCCCCUUUCGGGAAACUAGACCAUUGCCCGCAGGACUCCCUUUAAAGGCCAGUUACAUGACGUAGCCGUGAAAAUAUGCGUGGAUCUGUGAAAGUAGCAAAUGGACAGCAAACUAAAUCCAUACUGUGGGUGUUUUAGUUUUCCUUCAGAACACAAUUGUGUAUUCACACCAUAAAAGGUAAAUCACUGUGUGCCUCACUGCUUAAAUACUAGAUACUAGAGGAAGCAGUGUACAUAUGGGGUAGAGGUGCACCUGUGCAUAUUGAAACAAAAUGUAACAGGAAUCUCAGCAUAUCUUGGAAGCAGAUAAAGGCUCAGCAUAUCUUCCCGAGGUCUGGGAAUUUGGCUGGUGGCUUGAUCUCUGCUUUCAUUCAGGGGAGGCAGGGCCAGCUGUAAUAGUCCCAUUCAGAUUGUUGGCAAAAUCUACUGUAUGUGUCUGAACUAUAACCAUAUCAUGUCCUCAAGCAGCUAUAGUUUGAUUCCAGUUUUCAGAGCUUUAACCUGGUUUUACUGCACUGCAAAGUGGAACACUAUUAAGUUUACUGUACCUAAAGUCAAGCUGCUUUGUGUGUGUGUGUGUGUGUGUGUGUGUGUGUGUGUGUGUGUGUGUGUGUGUGUGUGAGAGAGAGAGAGAGAGAGAGAGAGAGAGAGAAAUAUUUCUGGCCUUAUGAAAAGAAAGGCUUACCCAUAGAGAGUUUGCUCCUUGAUAUUUCAUCUGCUUUUUAUUAAUAGCUGCUUCUGUUUGGACAAUGUGUCAGAUCUAACAUAUAACAACAGUUAAUAAGGAAGGUGGUUUCUCCUGACUAGGCUUCAUUCCAUCCUGAGUGUGUGCAAUGAAGAGGCUGCACCUGACUAGAUAAAGGACAUAACAUUGGUUAUCUAGAGGUAUAUUCCCCUUUUCAUGUUUAGGAAGUGUUAAAGAGAACAGUGGAAGAUAGGAGGGCCUGGCGUGCUCUGGUCCAUGGGGUCACGAAGAGUCGGACACGAGUAAACGACUAAACAACAACAAAGAGAACACAAAUUCAUGGGCCAUCACAAAAGAAAAUAGAGGCUACUCUUUCCAUCAUAAUUCCAGUUCCUUGAUAAUGGAAUAAUUUAGCUAUUUCAGUUUUAAUCUUUUGAUGUGAAUAUCAUUUUGAUAGUGCAAUGGCAUUAUUAUGGACUAGUAAAUGGGGAAGAUAAUAUUCAGGGACACUCAUGAACUGGAGCCCUGUUAAAAUCAUGAAGAAUGUCCCAGAGGCUUUCUUUGUAUUACACAGGCAACUUGCCCUGAUCUCUUUUGGAAACCAGCUGUUAACAGUGAUGCAGUUAAGAGAAUUUUAAACUCAGAUUUAACAAUGAUGCAGCGAGAGAAUUUUGAAAGAAAGUCUGAGGGGACAGGGUAUGUUCUGAUGUUAAUGUGUACUAUUUCAUUGACUCCAAAGAGUGAUACUGUAUUUUUCGCUCCAUAAGACGUACCUCUCCAUAAGAUGUACUUCAUUUUUAGGGGAGGAAAACAGGA